ACAAAGAGAUGAGGAAACUUACAGCAGCAAACCUGAUGAUGGACAUCGCCAUGGCCGCAUUUCUUCUUCUCCAGAGUUUUGCAGUAAUUGCUGAAGAUCCAAAGCUACAGACAUUCACCGGAGAAUACGGAUCUUUUAACGAAACCAACUCCAAUAUGUUUUCUGUCACAUCCACUGCAGCUAUCAGCAACGGUGGCCUCCAGUUGACUCCAGAUUCAUUUACUUCAAGAGCUUUAACGGGCUACUAUUCCGGAAGAAUCCUCCUCAAACGUCCUUUCAGGCUGUGGGAAGAAGAAAACAGCGUUCGAAAUGUGGCAUCUUUUAACACCUCCUUUCUGAUCAAUGUAUACAAAUUUCACUUGAACACAACUGCCGAAGGCUUGGCUUUCGUGAUCGCCCCGGACCUUGACGUGCCAACAAACAGCAAUGGCCAGUUUCUUGGCCUGACAAAUUCUCACUCAGAUGGCAUGGAAGAUAACAAGUUAGUUGCGGUUGAGCUCGAUGCCUCGAAGCAAUACUUUGAUCCAGAUGACAACCAUGUCGGAAUUGAUGUCCACAGCAUCAUUUCUGUAAAGACUGCAUCUUUGACGCCACAUAACAUCUCGGUCGCACCUGCAGAAGGUGCCAGGUUUUACAACGUGUGGAUCGACUACAGUGGCUUUACUAAAGUGAUGGAUGUGUAUAUUGCAGAACAGAGUGGAUACUGGGAUCCAACCCCGAAAAAACCAGGUUCUCCAAUCUUAUCAGCUGAUCUUAACCUGAGAGAUCACGUGAGCCAAUACUCCUACUUCGGGUUCUCGGCAUCCACAGGCAACGAUAUGCAGUUGAACAGUGUGGUGAGAUGGAAUCUGACGAUCCACCACUUUCCAGAUACAAAAACAGACAGGCAGAGCUGGAAGAGGCGGUGGAAGAUAGCAUUAGGAUCCGCCUUGGGGGCAAUGUUGCUGAUUCUAAUUUGUGCAUCCAUGGCUGGAUAUUGUCUCUACAAGAAGAGGAUCGCAUACUUGAACCAUAGAUUGGGCGCGGUGCUGAGAUGCCUGCCCGGAAUGCCAAAGGAAUUCAGAUUCAAGGACCUGAAAAAGGCAACCAACAGUUUCGGCAAUAAUAACAAGCUCGGACAAGGAGGAUUCGGAGUAGUGUACAAAGGGGUUUUGGCCAAAGAGAAGAUCAACAUCGCAGUCAAGUGGUUUUCAAGAGAAACUACAAAAAGCCAACAUGACUUCUUGGCAGAGCUUACCAUUAUUAACCGUCUUCGACACAAGCAUCUCAUCAAAUUGCUUGGAUGGUGCUACAAGAAUGGGAAGUUACUCUUGGUGUAUGAGUACAUGCCCAAUGGUAGCCUCGACCAGCACCUCUUUGUUGGAGGGGAUGCAGAGCCUUUGAAGUGGAAUCUCCGGCAACAAGUCCUUUCCGGUGUGGUUUCUGCCCUGCACUACCUUCACAAUGAAUAUGAUAAAAAAGUGGUCCAUCGAGAUCUUAAAGCCAGCAAUAUUAUGCUUGACUCCAACUUCAAUGCUCGCCUAGGUGACUUUGGUCUUGCAAGAGCUCUCGACAAUGAGAAAACAUCAUAUGCAGAGGCAGAGGGAGUGAUGGGCACAAUGGGAUACAUUGCUCCAGAAUGUUUCCUAACCGGAAAAGCCACACGGCAAUCUGAUGUGUAUGCUUUUGGGGCUGUAUUGUUGGAAGUAGUCUGUGGCCAAAGGCCAGGAACUAAGAUUGCUGGUUUCCAGUUCUUGGUGGAUUGGGUUUGGCUGCUGCAUAGGGAAGGAAGACUGCUCGAAGCCGUGGAUCAAAGACUAGGCAAUGACUAUAUAGCUGAAGAAGCCGAGAGGCUACUGCUGCUGGGAUUAGCAUGUUCGCAUCCUAAUGCUUCUGAGAGGCCUAAAACAAAGGAUGUCUUUCAGAUCAUGUCCGGGACAAUGCCACUGCCCACAGUGCCGCCUUUCAAACCGGCAUUUGUAUGGCCUGCAACUGCCUGUGGAGCAAUGGACAUGGAAUCAAUCAACACACAGUCAAUUACAAAUUCAUUCAUCAUUUCAGGAAGGUAAGAUGUUAAAAAAAAUAGCUCUGUCCUCCUCACACUUGUAUUUGCAAUCAGAAAACAGAAUCAGAAGAUGCGUUUUUAAUGAUAUAAACCAACACAACAUAAAGAUUUCAAAUAGCAUAUCUACCAGCCAUCAUCCGCCACAAGUGAUGCGACAACCGUAACCACAAAGAUCCAUAGACAUCAGGUUUGAGAUAUGAUGGUGUAGUGCUGUUCCAACUUUCCGGAAAACCACAUCGAAUCACAGUUCUAAACUCCACGCUGUGACCAAUUUCAACUUUCACAACUCUGUACUAUAGAUUUAAUGG